CGAGCGCAUCUGCCCCGUCAGUUUGCGCUCGUCUGACUAGACGCGUCCACAAGGCGCAUCUAUGUCUUCCACAACUGGUUCAAUCCGCCCCCUUCCCGCCGGUACCGGCUCGGGGCGGAAAGCAGCUGCUCGCGGCCGUCUUCCUACAUCCGUGUCGAACCCGGGCUCGAAGGCUAAACACACGUCCCCUGGUCCUAGCUCGGCGAGCACCACCUCGUUGGCUCUCUCGGGCUUCGCGAAGGCCGCCCCGAACGCGAACUCAAAGGCGAAGCCCGGUAAGCCGAAGGCGAAGGCAGGCGUCCGCGCCCUGCACCCGGUCGACACCAACGUCGCGGCGCACGACCGCACGGACCCCUUCGCCGCGCUCACGACCCUCCGCCAGCUCCUCUCCGCCCUCCCCGCGCGCCCCGGCAGCGCCCAAUACAAGCUCGCGCCCGAGGAACACCGCCUCGCGGUGCACCUGCUCGGGAUCGUCGAGCCGUUCGUGCAAGACACGGCCCCCUGCACCUGUGGGUGCACGUGCAAGGCGCGGCGCACGCUCGUGCGGCUGCCGACCGAGAUCCUCGACGCGGUCGCGUUCUGGGUCGACGGCCCACGCGACCUGCGCGCGCUCGCGGGGACGUGCCGGCGCAUGUGGGAGGUCGUGGUGCCGCGGCAUGCGGAGUAUAGGGUCGUGCGCGCGAAGGCGAGCGCGGUGCGCGUGUGGCACCAUCUUGUUGUGCAUCGCGCGCUGGCGCGGAACGUGAGGAGGCUGGAGGUGCUCAACGAGCGCGCGCCGGCGGGGAGGGAGGUCGUGCCCGCGGGGAUUAGGCUGACUGAGACGGAUCUGGAGUCGACGGAGGACGAGCUGGGGAUGCAUGUGAAGCAGGAGCGGUGGCUGAUCAGGGCGCUGGAGCGCAUGACGGCGCUCACAUCGGUGAAGUGGGAGUGCGGACACUCGCUCGUCGCGUUCGAGAGCGUGUGGCCCGUCCUUGCUAAGUGCGGGAGCAUCGAGGAGGUCGAGGUGCACGACAACCUCGUGUUCCAGCCCACGGCGCACGAAGACGCAUCCGAAUCCGAGCCCGAGGAGGGCGCGUCCGCGAAACCGGGCCAGCUGGUGCUGCGCGAUCUCAAGAAGGCGGGCUUUCACGGGGCGAAGAGCACCUUCGGCGCGUCCAAGGAGCCCGACCUCGCGCAGAUCUCCGCGAUGCUCAACGGCUGCCCGAAUAUCGAGACGCUUGCGAUCAGCUACGUACCCCGUCGCGCCCCCGGCUUCUUCAACCCCGUCGCAGACGACCUUCUGCUUUGCGGCCGCUGGACGCGCCUGCGCUCGCUCACACUGACGAGUCUAUGGUGCACCCCCGACGCAGGCUUGGACGCGGCCGCCGCAUUCCUCCUCGCGCACGUCGACCUGGAAGUGCUCCACCUCGACGUCGCGUUCGGAGCGGGAGGGCAGGCCGGCGGGGGCGCGCUCGCGACGUUCAAAUUCCCCACAGGCUGUCUGCCGCGCCUGCGCGAGCUGAAGGCCGGAAGGGACCUCGCGAGCGCGCUCCUGGCCUGCCCCACCGACGCCGACGCCGACGCCCGCCCGCUGGAGACGCUGAAGGGCGUGCGGCUGAGCGGGUCGCCGCGGGACCGUUUGUUCUUGGAGAAUCUGAAGCUGCAUGGCGCGAGCGUGCGCCGCUUGGAGCUCGCGGGGUGGAACGAUAUGGAGGACGUCAAGAGGCUCGCGGAGUGCGUGCCGCGUCUGACCUGGCUCGACCUCGGCAAGAAAGAGGGAGCGGCCAACGGUGCGGCGGCUGGGCCCGCGAGCAAGGUGGCCCAGCCUGCGAACGUGUCCUCCCACUUCACCGAAUGGGCGAACGUGCUCGCCAACUUCAGCGAGCUCACGACGUUCCACGGGGUGCGCUUCUUCUACGAGGUCGCGACCUCGGACGGCGCGGUGCUGUCGCUCUCCGACCGGAGCCGUGUGCGCAAGAACGACGAGGUCGCGGCGGUGCUCGCGUGGAAGUGCCCGAAGCUGCGGCGUGUCGACCACUGGGAGGACGGCGCGGGCAAGGUGCUCGUGCUCGUGCGCGACGCGGAGAAGGUCCGGUACGAGGUCAGAAGGAUCAAGGUGUAAGUAGAAAGCAAGAUGCGCGGUCGGAUAAUGCUGGAGAGUAUACUUGAAGAUAUAGGCGUCGGACACUGCUGCCAGAUAUUGAUCUACCUAUGUUGAUAACCCUUUGUCACCCCGUAUGGACACUGCUCCGGUACUCGUACUACCUUCAUACCCGCACCCCCAAAUCACACUGCUCCGUUUUUUGACCCAUCUGCCCCCUUGUAUAACUUUUUGAAGGUUUCGAAGGUUGGGAGAACAUCCGCGAAUUCCGAAAACCCCCUCCCC